CCAACCCGAACUCAUGUGAAAGAACUCUACACACCUUGCUCUCUCUGAAAUUAUGUGGUUCAAGAAGGUUCGAUGCACUUGAACUACCCCGAACCAGUGCAUAAGCAUCCUGCACAAAUUGCUUCCCAUCUAAAGAUGUAGUUAGAAAAGGUUCGGUACAGUCGAACCACCCCGAACUCAUGUAAAAGAACUCUACACACCUUGCUCUCUCUGUAAUGAUGUAGUUCAAGAAGGUUCGAGGAGGUUCGAUGCACUUGAAC